GCCAUUCAUUCAUUCCUUUCAGAAAAGAAAGAAAGAAAAAAAAAGCCCAUCCUCCAACCAAGACCGUUGCUUCCUAGUAUUUCUCGAUUAAGCGACAUAUAAUUAAAGUCUUGUUCAUCAUCCAUCCAUCCAUCCAUUAAUUACUGAUCCAAAUUUUAAGAUCAGCAGAAAAACAACAACACUGAAGCGCAGAAAACAACAUUACAUACAUUUUUUUGAUCAAAUGAGUCACAAUCAGCCCCCACUUGGUUCUCCUCAAGGUUAUGUUUAUCCCCCUCCAGAAGGAAGUCCAAAAGAUGUUAAUUACCCUCCACCAGGUUACCCUCCACAAGGAUACCCACCUCCUCAACCGGGAUAUCCUCCACAAGGAUACCCUCCUCCACAACAUCAGGGUUAUCCUCCCCAAGGAUACCCUCCUCAAGGUUACCCUAAUUCAUCUCCUCAAGGAUAUCCUCCUCAAGGUUACCCUCCUCAGGGAUACCCUCCUCCUCCUCCACCUCAAUAUGCUGCCCCACAGUACUACGCUCCUCCCCCUCCUCCUCGACAACAACAAAGCAACAGCGGCGGUUGCUUUGAAGGCUGUAUGGCUGCAUUAUGCUGCUGCUGUCUAAUGGAUGCACUAUUUUGAUUUCAUCAUGGGAAUAUAGGAUUCAGAAAUUAUGCAUUCACAUAUAUAUAUAUUUCUAAUCAUUUCCUAUAUAGGAAUUGCAUUUCUAUGUACCUAUAUCAUUCAUUAUUCAAUAACAUUAUUCAUUCGUUUUCAAUCCCAUUAUUGAGAUCAAAUUAAC